ACGAGUCUCACAGAGGUGGAAGGGGUUGUGUUGCUCAGAGCUUUACCUAGCCUGACUAUAGCGCUAGCCGCCUGUUGUGGAUACAUUGAAGAGCAGCCGAUAGUUCUAUUUCUGUCAUCACGUCGUAUGUGCGUAAGAACACUUCUAAAAGGACUCACUUGAGUGAACAAAUCGAUGUCUAUCCAGUGACAUUUCCAUAUAUUGUCACUUAUCUAGAGGAAUGAAUGCUUGUUUACUAAGAUGCAGCUUUCUUGAAGACGAUGCCUCAGGAAAGAGCAGGCACUAAAUUAAAAGAACUGCGUGUUUGUAUCCCAUGAGGAAUAUUUGCGACUGUAAUACAUAUUGAAAUGAUGUUCGGAGUCAAAGAGGAAGAACUGUUAUUCCUUAACAAAGAGGAGAAAAGAAAAGCUUUGGAAUUGUAAUUUACACGAGUCAUUCCUCAGCAUGUAACUCUUCAUGAUCUCUGUGAGAUGGAUAAGUAUGAGAAACUGGCUAAGAUCGGCGAGGGCUCAUAUGGAGUUGUGUUCAAAUGCAGACACAGGGACUCAGGUCAGAUAGUGGCUAUUAAAAAAUUUGUAGAGUCUGAAGAUGACCCAGUCAUUAAGAAGAUCGCAUUGAGAGAAAUCCGCAUGCUAAAGCAAUUGAAGCAUGUGAAUUUGGUGAAUUUGCUUGAGGUCUUCAGGAGAAAGAGACGCCUUCAUCUGGUCUUUGAGUUCUGUGAGCAAACUGUUCUAAAUGAACUGGACAAGCACCCCAGAGGGGUUCCUGAAGCACAACUCAAGAGUAUUGUGUGGCAAACGCUACAAGCUGUGAACUUCUGUCACAAACACAAUUGUAUUCACCGGGAUGUAAAACCAGAGAACAUUCUUCUGACCAAGACUGGUGUGAUCAAACUAUGUGAUUUUGGCUUUGCUCGCAUCCUCACUGGUCCAGGUGAUGAUUACACUGAUUAUGUGGCAACACGAUGGUACCGGGCCCCAGAGCUCUUGGUUGGAGACACUCAGUACGGUCCCCCAGUGGAUGUCUGGGCCCUUGGUUGUGUCUUUGCUGAGCUGCUGUCUGGAAAUCCUCUUUGGCCAGGACGUUCUGACGUGGAUCAGUUGCACCUCAUUCGACAAACGCUAGGUGACUUGAUCCCACGGCAUCAGCAGGUGUUCCGGUCCAAUAUCUUCUUUAGCGGAGUCAGCAUCCCUGAGCCUGAUACCAUGGAGCCGUUAGAGAAGAGGUUCCAUGAUGUUUCUCCUCAUGCUAUUACUGUGAUGAAGGUGAGAUUUAAAUGCAGACUUAUAAGUCUCAUAUACCACUUUUCCACAGACAGUGACACUCUUGACCUGUGCCAAAUGUCGCAUCUAAACUCAAAAAUGGUGUGCAAAUCAUGAAUGGCAUUGGUUCUCACAAUGCAGUCAAA